GUUGGCUUUCUAGAGGGAUUAAAAAAUGAUGAUAACAGCAUUUUCCUCAUUCUAGCCAUUCUGAAAUACAAGCCAGUAAAACGCUCAGUGCAGGACGUCUAUUACCAAACUUCUAUAACUCUGGUCUGUCCAGAGCCUUUCGGUUAUCCUGAACCGUUCGUAGCCUGGGUAAAAAAUGGUGUCGUCCUUCAAAACAGCUCAUCCGACUUGACACUGAAUCUGUCAAUCAUUGCUCAAAGGGAUACUACCAAGUGGACAAUUGACUGUGUGGCCAGCAACAAACAUGGCGCUGAUUAUCACAGAUUUGUUUUGAACUUGCACAGUAAGUAAAAGAACCGCACCAUUUUCAUAAUUUUAAUUUUUUUUUUUUUUUUUUUUCGUUUUUAUUAAGGGUAGUGCCCCGCAUGGGACUCCAUGUCCCGUUCGCACUGACCCUUUUGGCGUAUGUCUAUCGAUUUUUUGUCUCUUUCCUUGUAUAUGCAUUCAUUUUGAGCUUGUAGACGUACCCAAUAAAGUUGUUAAAUAAAUAAAUAAAUAAAUAAAUAAGCGAGAGCCAGGCGUGGAUCUUUUAAUGAAAAACUCUGCUAGGCAGUCCAAAAAUGAAUUCAACGUUCAGAAUAGAGUUUAUCAGUUAUGUCCUGCGAUCAGUCCUUUUCUUUAAAUUAGCGGUUUUAUCGUUGCGUUUUUGAUAUCUGAUACAUAUUUGUGUUCACGGAUUUCUCUAAUAAAGUCAGCAUCGGAAAGCAUGCGGUGUGUAUGAGUUCCAAAUAUCACGUAUUGAGAAAUUUUAUUUGAAUUUUCAAUUUUAGUUGACAAGUUUUUACCCAAAUUGACCGAGUUUUUCUUCAAGAAAACUAUUCAAACAAUGUGGGAGACACUGUGGACAAGUCUCCUGAUAGUCAGUACACUGGAAUCCCGGUCAAGAGGUCUGGGUUCAAUACCUGGUCACGUCAAUGCGUUUUGUUCAUGGGCAAGACACUUUACUCUCACAGUGUAUCUCUCCGCCCAGAAUGCAAAUGGGUACCGGCGAAUUUUCAGGGAAGCUUGGUGAAAUGUUGAGGGGUAACCAUGUGAUGAACUAGCAUUCCAUCCAGGAGGAAUGGGGGGUAGGGGGCAGUAAUACUCCUAGUCGCUACAUGCUAUGGAAACCGGCAUAAGCUCCGGUUGGAUGGGCCAGUAGGCUCGAGUACAGACUUUAUCUUACUUAUCUUCACUAAAACAAUAUGGAAAGAUAUCCUCUCUUUUAUUCAAGGCAGAUAUGCGAUGUGCACGGAAUUUAGAGACCUGGUUGGAGGGACUAGAACAGUUCGUCACGUAGUGCAUAACCAACAGUCGGCACAAAAUGACGGGGACAUUGAUAACCGUACAUGGUACCGCUUUGUUAGACAAGCCACAGGAACCCCAGUGCAGGUCUGAUCUAUGAUUACAAUUUUGCCCGGUUAGAGGAGAAAGAGUAGAAAGAGUAGAAUAAAAAGCAUUUGUAGAGGGGAGGUCUUGAGGUUGAGAGUUGAGACAGGGUGAGGCAUAAAAUAAAAGAUACGUCCAGUUAAAUGGUGAAAUAUUGCGUUUCCUGAAUAGAUAAUGCAAACUGCUCUAGUAUUUUUCACUGACCGACUGCAGAAAAAAAUUAGGUCGGACAGUCUAGUCUCGCGAAGUUUCUUCACAAAAUUAAUGCGGAAAUGUAACUGGGAGCUUGUCUUAACCAGUUUCCAAAUCAAAGAAAGAAAAACGAAUUUUGAGUUAUUCCUUCCCCUUUAUAAAGAGGUUAUUAAUGAAUUACAGAAAUUUAGAAUAUCUAAAUUUCUCGCCAGCUACCGGACUCCUGCACGGAACCUUGGACUUGUGGAACUCAGGCCUCAGGCUGGCUUCGCGGGGGUCAUCCAUCAGUGGAAGAGGGCCUUGUACGCCGGAAUGUUUGCUUUAGUUGGAAUGACAAUUGCUGCUUUGCCGAAGUGCAGGCACUAGUCAAGCAUUGCUAUGGAUACUAUGUGUAUAAGCUGCAGCCGACAGCUUUGGAAUUGGAAGUGAAAGCGAGAUAUUGCGUGGGUUAGUAAUCCAUCGGUUGCCUUUACAAUGAUCAUAAGCCACUGUAGACUUCUUCUCAACAAUUCUUAGGGCAUGUUACUCCUCUUGUGCCAUUAGCACAAAUCUUAGUCACUCUGACUAAAGCUGAUUUUUUCUGACUUCUGAUUGACUGAUAAAAAAGAAUAUAGAACUUGAGAGAACAAUGCCGAAAACGAGUUUUCAAAAAUAUAAAAAAUGUAAACAUUAGUGACACACUCGGCUGCACCUCGUUAGCUCUUUUUUCGUUUUUACCACAUUUUGAUGUCAUCAGUGAUCUUUUACUGAACAGACGCACAAUAAUACGGAUACUACUCGGUUAAGUAGACUCCAAGUGCCACAUUUUCAUUAAUCUCUGCGAUGUUAUUUUCACCCUAUAUCAAAGAAAACCGAGCCAUCCCUUAUGAAGAUGCUGUGUUUUACCAACCCGUUACAAAAACUGGUGUGCAGUUAGCCUUGAAAAAUCACGUGAUUCACACGGAAUAUCAUGUGACAUCUUCAUGGAAGUGUAUGGCCUAUUGCCUCUCGGAGAUGACGUGUGUGUCAUUCAACUACUUCACCCAGAGUAACACAUGUGAGCUUAACAACAGCACUGGAUCAAGUAACCCAGAAGGUUUGAGAGAGAGACCUGGGACCGAAUAUUACGAAAAGACGAGUCAUUCAUCAUUCUUAGGUUGA